ACGGAAGGAUUAAUGAGAUAAAGCCAGUAGUAUUUACUCCAUAGCAUUUAAAACUUUUAGUAGGUCACACUGAUAUGACUUAAGUAUUGUAAUAGGUGUGAAAGUUCACUUUUUACAACAUAUAUUUAUUGUAAUAGGCUAAUAAAUAUUAUAAUAUUAUAAACAUAUUAUAUGCAGAACAGUUCAGCUUUUAUUGCUUUAUUUUGUCCAGAUUUACUUGAAUGCACCUGUCCAGCCUAACAUUGCAUGACGGUCAUUUGUGUUGCUGUAACUUAAUUAUUUCUCCGCGUGCUAAUGGUUUAAACGGUGUUUCCCAGUUCGCUGCGUUUUCCUGAUCCCUCGUCACAUGGUUUGUCAUUAUCGUGGCGAGCACAGGCCCUUCCUUGGAGUCAGACUGCCAUCUGAAAUUUAAAUGGACGUGUGCAGGAGGCACGGCAGAGCGGAGUCACGGGGGACCUUCCUCUACUCGGAAGCAGAAACACAAGGGGAAAAUAAACAUAAAGAAGGAGGAGGAAACGGCUGCGAUGUGCGCGCGACGUCUUCUGGCCAUGGAAGAAGUUUUUGGGACACUUCGCUACUUGAGUUCGCUUCUGUUUUAGUACAAUAGGAGAUACGAAUUGGGAAAAUAAAUGUACGCCGGAGUUAUCUGUGAAAUUGUAGCCCCUCUGGCAAACAACUGCCACACCUUCAUCAUCAGUGUAACAGGUUCUCUACACAACUGUCCAGAUGGGUUGCAGUUGCUGUAGGAUGAUAAAAAGUUACAUCUAUGACCCCUCAGUCCCUGUAGAUGUUCCUGGUCGAAAGCGGGACCCCACCAGCAGCUCUCUGUAUCAGUCUCAAAGAUUCCCCGAGGAGGCGGACCACAUCCAAAAGAAGCAGGGCUUCCACAACCUGGGAUACAGCACCCACCCCAGCUCAACCAAACUCGACAUAGACAACAACCACAUCAACCGGCUCCAUGCUAAUAUUCCAGGCGAGCAGAUCCGACCGAGCCCAGCGGAGGGUGACCCGAGCCUAUACAUCCUCCAGCCCGAGACCACGGGGACACCCAUAAAAGCUGUCCCAAACUUACGCGCCAACCAACCCAUACAGGACGAGUCGAUGUUGGGAACGGAACCGGGUAAGCGAGAGGAGAGAUUCAGAGACUCUGGCCUGGGCGGCGGUGGGAUAACAGACGGUACAGAGGGAUCGGAUGGUUAUCCCUAUGGACAAGAGGAAGAAGACGAGGACAGGAAGAGCAGGCUAGCCGGUACUCCGGACACAGCCGAUGAGGAAAGCGUGCUGUCGGUGGACAUGCACACCAGCAGUACAAGCCUCUCCUCAGCAGACACAAAGCUCACGAUAGAGGAGAGAGAAGUGAUUGUGAUAGGAGAGCAAGAGAAAGAGAUCGAUUGUGUGAGCGUCACUGAAUCAAUGGUGGCCGAGGCCUUGGCUGCCCUGGACGCAGCGACUGCGGGAGAGGAUUCUGAGUGACGGUCAGGUGACGCACUACUUAAUGGCGACUACAUGAGAGAUUUCCCUACUCGCUCUCUCGCUCCCUCUCCACAUUUGAAUACAGCCAAAUCAUAAAAUGAAGUCUGUUUGUAGGUACUUUUAUUUUGAAUGUAAAAAAUCAAACAAAGACUUGAUAACAGGAACUGCUGCUUGUUUACACAACAAAAAUGGACUAUUUAUGAGAUGUACUUGAGCAAAUGAAGAUCAUCUGUGCGAUUCGGAGGCAUGGACAACUCUAUUCUCAGACUAAACAGAACAGACUGUUGCAUGAUUUUCCUCAGUGCUGUUGUGUACACAGCAUAAAUAUGAAAUAAACUCUUAUGGUCAAAUAUUAUUUCAGCUCCACAACGUGAUGAAAGCUCUCUCCUUCUGUAGCUUCUGUGUGGAGGACGGGCUAAAUCAAAGCACUACAUAAUUAUUUUCAUACAUUUUCUAUACAAAGAAGUGGUGAAAAGCAAAUAAGCCACUGUCCUGGUGUGGGGUUACUUCUGCGCUUAUCGUACUUUUUAGAGAUGUUAUAUAAUUAUCAAACUGCUUAAUACAGUGAAAUUAAGCUCAUUCAACUUAGUCUCAACAGAUCAAUAUGCUAUUUCUUGCUUGUUACACUGUGAAUAUAUCAUAAAUACCCUCAUAGUGCUGUAGGAUGACAUGUGCUUUAUUUGUACAGCAAGAAAUGUAAGGAGAUUGUGGGUGAAUCUCAUGAAAAUUGAUUUCAACCUGAAAUUAUAUUUUGCGUAAAUGCGUAUUUAUUCUGUAUUGUUUAAUGACUGGGGUAUAAGUGAAAUAUUUUUACUGUAAAAAUACUAUCGUGACAUAUGUAAGUAAUAUAUUUUGAGAUUUUUGACAGUGCCGAUUAAAUAAAUAUGAGGGGGAAAUACAGUAUGUAAUUUUCAUGAAAAAAAAAUGACGCAAAGAAUCUUAAUGGCACAAAAAAAGGCUUUAUUUAUGCAAAAUAUAAUUUUAUUUUCUUUAUAUUUUGAAAUAUGAUCUAUUCAUGAUGGAUUUUGUGAGAUUCACCCUUGUAUAUUUAUGUUCAUGGUGCACUGUGGACUAUUAGGGUUUGAAAACAGCAGCGUGUAGAGCAGAAUCAGGCCAAUGAUGGUAGUUGAUGCUCUACGCUCAGGGGUUAUGCUCUUAACUAGUCCUGGUUAACUAUCAGAGGCCUGAUGAAAACAACCCUAACCCUACUAUGAUCACUAUCUCAUGCAGACGUUCCUAUACAUUAGAUUUUCUAUAAAAAAAACCUAAUGUAACCCCAUAUACAAGAAUAUACUUUUUUUUUGUUUUUUGCACAGUAGUUUAUGAAGGUCCUUGUUUUUAUUUGAUGAAGGUCAUUAAGUAUUUCCAAAUGUUUUACCAAGUAUGCAUUGGUUGAACUUUAUGUAUUGGUCAAAAUCAUUUCUUUUAAACCUGUUAAUGAGUAAAUGUUAUUGACAGGAACUGAUUUUCUAAUGACAUGGCACUAUGACUGCAUUGAAUGAUUUGAAUCUACUGCACAUUCACAGUGAAUACACUGUUUAUAUUGCAUUCUUUCUGCAAUUCUUUUUACCAGAGGAUUAAAUUGUCACAUGAACCAGGGGAAAAUAAAAACAAUGUGCUUGAU